AAUCGUAUUAUAGAAGAAUUAUUUAAAUAAAUAAUAUAACUUCAUCAUUUGUUUCAAAUUAUUAGAAUUUUGGCGCCUUUCAUGAAAUAUAAUGCAGUAAUUAGUAAUGAGGUUAUAAGAUAGAUAUCGUUUAAUUUGGCAAUCCUGCUUGUCAUGUUUAUGUUGGUUUCUAUAGCAACCUAUUUGACAACAAAAUCAAAUUGGUUAUUGGAAUCAAGCCUCGAUUCCAAUACGAUUAUACUUUCCGAUUGUUAUAAACUUUAUAAUCAAGCGUAAUCGAUUGUGAAAAAGAAAAUAGUGAAAUAUUUCGAUUUUUUACUUCAUCAAAAGUCUUUUAUAUAAAUUAAUAUAUUUUGUGAUUAGCAAUAUUUUUAUUAAUGAACAAUGUAUAUACAUAUACAUGUAAUCUUAUUGGUUUAAUAUAUUUUUAAAGACAAAAUGUGAUCAAAAUGAUAAUCAAAAAAUAUCUUAUAAUUAUUUUUAUGUAAAUUUUUAACCAUCUGCACUCAUAUAACAGAUAAAAAGAUGUCUUUAUAUUUUGAUACACGGGUGCAAAAUCCAGAAACUGCUUCAAUAAGUACUCAUGCAACAUGGCAUCCUAAUUAUCCGCUGUUAGCUGUAGCAGCAUAUUCCCAAGACAAGGGAGGAUUUGUAACAGUUUAUGACGAUCAAGGAGAGCCUUUACAAGAUGUGGAAUCUUCAAGACAUUCUGUAGCUCAGGUAACUGCUCUUGGUUGGCAUCCUGAUAGAAGAUGGCUAGCUGCAGGAUGGGAAAAUGGAGAGCUACGGAUUUGGCCAGGUGAUACAGGUACCACUGAAUUUAAUGUGAUAAUAACACCUCAUCAUGAUCCUAUAACUAUUUUACAAUGGAGUCCACAUGGAAGUCGAUUGGUAUCAGCGGAUGCUGCUGGUUCUAUGAUAGCUUGGAAAAUUGAUUCUAGGGGUCAAUUGCUUAUGGUUUUUCAUCAUGAAUUAAAAGGAUCUUUCAUACAUAUUGCAUUUAUUCCAAUGAAACCAAGCAUGGAUUAUAAUGAUUUGGCAAAAGCUGCAGUAGCUGGAGAUGAAAGAGCAUUAGAUCUAUUCAGCUAUUGGCGUCCCAGAACUGCCGCACCAACAUCUAUUACAACUCGGAAAGAUAAUCAUGUUUUUUAUAUUGGAACUUCAAAUGGAAUUAUAUAUUUUAUUGAUGCUCAAGGGCAAUGCAUGGAAGUUCUCAAUACAGAUGGUGUUACACUACACUUUUUAUUGCAUCAUCAAAUAAGAGAUUCUAUCAUAAUUAUGACAGAAGGUUUAAAUAUUGGAUACUACCAAACAGAUCCAAUUACUGGGCAAUUAACAGAAAUAACUAAGGUGAAACUUAGUGGUCGAAGUGAUAUACCUCGUACUGGUCCUGCUAUAUGUUGGGUUGGUGGUAAUACAUUAGCUGUUUUAACUGGAGAACUGGGAGUUCGUUGUUGGGAUCUUCAUACUGGAGACACAUAUGUUCUGUCACCUCCUGAUUCAUUGACUGGUAAUCUUGCCACACCUCAGGAAAUCUGUACAAGUUUAUCUUUUUGCAAAAAUAAUGAUACAUUAGCUGCUGGGACGAACUUAGGUACAAUUUAUUUAUGGAAAGGAAAAGUUGUAAAUGACUCUGAUGAAAAUCGUUGGCCUAGUAUUCCAGAGUCAUGUACAAUUCAUGGUACUGUCAAACAAUUGAUGUGGGGUGCAACCUUAUUAAGAAAUCCCCUUCUAGCGGUUAACUGUAUUACGAAUGUUUUUAUUUUACAUCAACAAUCAAUGUGUGCUGCAUACAAUGACGGGGUAUGUGCAAGCCAGCUUAGUCCAACACAAAUUUUACUGGAGGUAGACGGAAAAGUGCAUACACUCAAAACCGACAUUCAAGUACAGAUUGUUGCUGUGAAUAAAGAAUAUGCAGCUGUUUCGUCUAGUAGACAAAUUGUAGUUUAUAAGAUUAAUAAGGAUAAUAUGUUAAGUGCAAAUAUUAUAGGAAGUUUUGCUUGUGAUACUGAAAAGAUAUUGAUUUAUGAACACACAUUGAUUAUCUUGACGCCAUUCGUUAUUCAAUUGCGCUCAACAGAAGGUACUGUUACACAAACAUUACCUACAAUGCCGGAGGAAGGAGAACCAAUUACUAUGGACCUUACGGGUCGAUAUUUGACAGUCGCUUCAUUAAAUGGUAUCUUAAAAAUUUGGGAUUUAAGUAAAAGGGAAAUCGAACUACAUACUAGGGCUAUGGCAACAUACGAAGCUAUUAAUGACUUUGCUGAAAUUAUUGAAGCCAAAUGUAACUCCGAUUGUCGAUGUGUGUCUAUUACUGUUGCUAUGACCAAUCUAAUGCCUAGUUCAAUUCUUUAUGUAUGGGACAUAGAAAGUGAUCAAAUGCAUGAAUUUGAUUUUGCCAGGUCAGAUGAUGUGAUCGAUGAUGAAUCUGCACUAGCUAUGAAAUGUAGAGGUAGAUUGGUUACCGCUCAUUGCUGGGAUUUUGAAGAUCCCAGACUCUUAGUUUGUCGUGCACAAAAAUUGGAAACAAGAGAAUCUAAAACAUCAUCAAAGUCAACCAAAAUUGAUGACGAAGCCGCUGUAGUAUUCGUUUCACUAUUUGCUACUUCUGAUUACGGAAUUGCUAUUCAAGACGUAAAAUCAAUAGAAGACGAGAACUGCAGAUUAUUGGGGGUACAAUCGCCCCAUAUAAUAAUUUUAAAUUCUGAACAAGUACUUGGAAAGGAUAGUAAAAUUAUGCGAUUACUUAUGAGAGACUUCGAAGAGCUUGAAGAUUGCGAUCCCGUUACUAAAAAAGCUGUUCUAGAUUUUAGUUUUCAUAUUAGUGUGGCUAAUAUGGAUGAAGCUUUUAAAGCUAUAAAAACUAUUAAAAACGAAGUUGUUUGGAAAAGUUUAGCAAGAAUGUGUGUAAAGACUAAACAAUUGAAUAUGGCUCUUCUAUGUUUGGGCCAUAUGAAACAAGCUAAGGCAGCAAAGGCAUUGAAACAAGCAAUGCAGGAUGACAGUUUAAAUUUAGAGACUAAAGUUGGUAUAUUAGCGGUCGAACUUGGAUUGUAUGUAAGUAUUCAUUUGAGAUUAACAAAGUUAUAA